CCAAAGGCGUUGGUGUCCGUCUGAAGAUGCGCUACACUCCGGUAGCAUCAGUACCAGCUCCGCGGUGCUAAUUUACCACAAACCAGGGGGGACGACGGAGAGACACCGGCGGUGAUUGCGGCUGUAGAGACGCCGGCACAUCUGAACGGGAUGGGCGACCAGAAGGAGUCCCUGCGUAAGAUCACUCACACGCUGGCCGUGAAGAACGAGGAGAUUUCCAACUUCGCCUGCACUCUCAAACAGAGCCUGGAGAACCUGGAGGCAAACUCGAACCGAGUGCAGGAGGAUCUGGAGUCAGAAUUCAACUUCCUCCAUGCUGCUCUGGAUGAGAUGAAGGAAAACAUGGUGACUCGCAUCAAACAGGAGAGAGCCAGCCGCACAUACGAGCUGCAGAGUCAGCUGAGCGCCUGCUCCAAAGCCCUGGAGAGUUCAGAGGAGCUGCUGGAGCUGGCCAAUCAGACGCUCUGCUCCUCUGGAACGGACAGUUUCACUCAGGCGGCCAAAGACAUUAAGGAUAGCGUGACAAUGGCGCCGGCCUUUCGCCUCUCCCUGAAGGCAAAAGCCAGCGACAACAUGAGUCACCUGAUGGUGGAUUUCAGUCAGGAGAGGGAGAUGCUGAAGGCUCUCAAGUUUCUCCCAGUUCCCGCCACUCCAGAGAUCCAGGUAUCAGAGUGUCAGGUGUGCGACAACACAGUGACUGUAGUCUGGACCCUGCCAGAGCCCGAUUCCAAGAUAGACCACUACAUCCUGGAGCACCGGCGCACAAAUCACGAGGGUCCGCCGCGCAUCAGAGAGGAAUACCCCUGGAUGGUAGUGGAGGGGAUUCGAGAGAUGGAGUGCACGCUCACAGGGCUGCGCUUCGACACGCGAUACAUGACAUUUCGAGUGAGAGCGUGCAACAAGGCUGUGGCUGGGGAGUUUUCUGAACCAGUCACACUCGAAACUCAUGCUUUCAGUUUCAAACUGGACUCUAGUUCGUCCCACCAGAACCUGAAAGUGGAGGACCUGAGUGUAGAAUGGGACAGCAGUGGAGGAAAGGUGCAGGACAUCCGCAAAGAGAAGAACCGAACCAACUCCCCUAUGCACUCCCCAGCCAGGUCUGCCCUGAUGUCUCCAAAGAGAGCUCCAACAGCUCGGCCCGGCAGAGACAGGUUUACAGCUGAGUCCUACACAGUGCUGGCCGACACAUUCAUUGAUGCUGGCCAGCACUACUGGGAGGUAAAGUUUGACAAGGAGAGCAAGGCAUUUGCUGUAGGCAUCGCCUUGCGGAGCCUUGGCCGCUUCGACCAGCUGGGGAAAAGCAGCGCUUCCUGGUGCAUCCAUCUGAACAACUGGCUGCAGCAGAGCCUCACAGCCAAGCACAACAACAAGGCUCGAACCCUCGACUGUCCCAUCCCAAACAGCAUAGGGGUUUAUGUCAACUAUGAGGAAGGUGUAGUGUCUUUUUACACGGCCAAAGCCAAGCAGCUCAUGCAUACUUUCAGAACAAAGUUUCAACAGCCUGUCAUCCCAGCUUUUAUGGUGUGGAAUGGAAGCUUCUCGGUGGUGACGGGCCUGCAGGUUCCCAGCGUGGUCCAAAGCGGCCAGAGGAAGAACAGUGGCACCAGCAGCUCCAACGCCAGCCUCACUUAAACCCACCUGCAGAAACCAUCCAUCCAGCUGGACACCUCCCAGCUCCGCCUCCGUCACCAUCACAGCCUCCUCACUGACCACAGUUGAACCUGUCAGUUGCAUCACUAGAGUAUGAUAGUUCUUUUUGUUGCAUGACAGCAAAAGUUACUUUUUUUUGGGAAAAAAUAGACUUUAGCUGUUGUGAUGUUUGGGGCUUUGUUUAGUCUGAAUAGUUUUUGUUUUGCUACACAUUCGUUCAGCGCUGUCCCUCUGCUGCUAGAAUGAUUUAGCGCUGGCCGCUGCUUCCUUGCCUUCACUUGUCACUGACUCGUCCUGCAGCCAGCUGCAGGUUCAGGGUCAUCUGUCCUGUCUGCUCUGUCCCUGUGCCUUCAGAUCGUAUCUGACUGUCUACAACUGCCCCUUAUUUCCAGUUUAAAACCACUAUUGAUGWAAGUUUGAAUUAAAUUUAGACUCAGUGAAAUCCAUCCUAACGACAUCCAACUCCUUGACAAUGUAACUGAACACUAAAGUGGACCAUUUAACACCAYUUACACAAAAACUAACAGUAAUAGAAAUUAUUUGGCCUACAAACUCCGCAGUGUUUACUGAUUUUUAUAUUUUGGGUUUGGACCCAGACUUAAUGUUCAGYAACUGAGUCUUUCAGCCCAGGGGUGGAGCCGGAGGUGUGGCCAGGGUGGCAAUCAGUGUUUGAUUGGCCACUCCCAUAUUAUUGACGUGAGUGGUGAUCUUGGCUUUUAUAUUUGCGUUUAGAAUUCAUCAAAGAUUGUUUUCGUCUAAUUCUACACUAAUCUUCAGCUUUGUAGGUCUAAAAAUGGCUGAAUAAUUUGGAUCAUUGUUAACUACGAUCACAUGAAAUUUUAACUCAGUAAUUCUUAAAGCUGAAUUAAAUCUAGAAUUAGCUGUGGUGGCCAUAUUKAAUGACAAAUCCAGAGUGCUUUUAUUUAUUUGUAUGUGCCCCAAUCCUUUAAAAAAAACCCACCUUGGCCAUCCCUUGCAAAAAAAAGUCUAGCUCCGCCUCUGUUUCAGCUUCCUACUGAAGCUUUGUUARUUUUAAAUUGAAUCCAGUGUUUUUUGCUGAGGAGUUGAUUGACUGCACAGAAAGAUUGAGGCAGUUCCCUUAUUGCUYUCAUCUGUUAAACUAUUUUGGAUCUUGGAAAUGACCGGACUGCACCCUGUCUGUGUCUCAUAACCCCUGUUUAUCUGUAGAGGGCUCUUCCUACGAGUGAGGUUUUGGCUGAAGUCAGUUCAUCCUUUAGAGAGCUCUUAGAUUCAGCUAAUAAGCUGUUUUAUGAAAAAUAAUCAGGUUUUGGGCUCAAAGGGAUUGACUCUGGAAAAUAUAUCGUCUAUAGUAGUAUCCAUGUCAUGUUUUCUUUAACAGCAUUCGUCUCAUGUCUCAACAGGAGCCUGCAAUGCUUUUAAGAAGCAGCUAGCUCCGUUAUUUCCACAAGAUAAAAAUAUCAGUUUAUUGUAAAUAGUUUUCCACAAUAAUGUAUCAGUAAUAAAAACGUGAAACACUUA